AUGAACGACGAGGAGCUUCUGUCGCACAUCUACAGGAACGAGGCUCUGACAGCACGAGGGUUCGAUGGUUAUCGUCAGAAACACGAUCAGUUCAAGCUGGGAGCCAUCGCUGAGCUCAUCGACAACGCCAUGGAAGCUCAGUCGACAAAGGUGAUGCUCAACAUCGACGAAGCGACCGGAAUCCUCGAAGUGCUCGAUGACGGAGUAGGAGUGCCGCGCAAGGUGGUCAAGACGAUGGUCAUCGCCGGGAGAGGAAACAAGAAAUCCAAGAACAACUACGGGGUUGGCUUCAAGUGCGGUAGCUUGGGGAUAGGCAACGACGUCCUUGUGCUCUCCAAGACGGUCGAGUGUAACUGCGGAGUUUACUUCAAGGUCAUCCAGGGGGAGGACGUGAAGUGCACGUGCGCGAAGGGCGAGCGAAGGCACGUGCGAAGCCUCAUCUACCUCACCGCAGGCUCGCGCCUGGAGGGGGACGACGAUUCGCUGCAGAUCCCGAUGAUCUUCUGGCGGGGGGACGGCAAAGCUCUGGUGACGUUGGAGGAUCUGAAGGAGAUGCCGGAGCAGGAGGAGAGGGGGAUCUCAGACGCGGGAGUCAGUCACCUGAUCAAGUUCGUCUGCACGCACUUCCACCUCCAUACCCUCAAGGCCAUUCAAACGAGUUUCGAUCGCAUCAAAGGCAAAACCGGCACCCUCGUCCUCAUCGCUCACCUCAACGACAACGAGCUGGCGCAGCAGGUAGAGCUCGACAAGCCUCGCAGCGACAUCAUCGCCAAGCAAGGGGACGCGAACCUCGUUCGCGAGGACCGGAAGCCGCCCUUCAACGUGGGAACGGACGUGCCUCAAGACUAUUCGCUGCGCUCCUACUGCGAGAUGCUGUACGCGCGUAGCCCGCUCAUGAAGAUGCAGAUCUACAUCGCAGAGAAGAUCGUCGAGUUGAGGUGUGUGGAGGACAUGUGUGAGCCCCGGGAGAUGGUGAGUUACGUCGAGGCCCUCGAGGUGAAGGGUGAGACCCACAAGCUGGAGGUUAAGCUUGGGUUCUCACCCGAUGCUUGUACUCGUGGUGUCUGCGGGUUCUUCGUCUACUUUGACAAGGGACACCAGCUUCCUCCCCGCCUCAUCUCUGCGUAUCAUCGAGUCGGGUUGAUGACGAACAGAGCUGGGAAGGUGAACGGGAUGGUGGGAGAAGUGAUCCUGUCGCACAAGGCGGUGAAGGUGGAUCAAGGGAAGCAGCGCUUUGAGUACUCAGCGACGCUGAAAGCCGUGGACUCGAUUCUCAACUCCUGCUGCGAUCUCUACGAGGAAGCGUAUCAGCUUCUGCGGGACCAGCACGAUGCCUUGAUGCGGGACCUGGAGGAGAGGGCGUUCUCGCAGGGAAGGAUCGUAUGGGCCCAGUACACCAACCAGGGCCCCUUCCGCCACUGGCCGGGUAUCGUGCUCAACCGCUACGACCGUGAGGUGAUGCGCUACAUGCCGAGUGAGCUCUUUCAGCCCUCCAACCCCAACGCCUUCCCCCGCGGCCCCCACCCUUCUCACCUCCUCGUCGAGUGCCUCGAGACCCGCGAGAAGAUGUGGUGCAAGGUGUCGGAUCUGGAGCCCUUCGACAGCGACAAGGGGGAGAAGAUGGAGAAGGAAGCAGUCAAGAGCGUUGAGAGCGACUUGAAGGAGAGCCUGAAGGCAGCGAUCAAGCAGGCGAAGAAGGUGCUGGAGGAGUACGACGAUGUGAUUGAGUGUAGUAUCCGCUGCCAUCUGUGCACCGCAUGGCGAACAUUCAGAGGAUCGCGAGCCGAUGCAGAGGAGAAUGACUGGGAGUGCAGCAUGGGCUACAUCGUUGACGGAGAGACAAGAUUCGACUGCGAUCUGCCUUCGACGAACAAGCCGCGUGGGCAGUCGCACGGGCUGUUAAAGGACAGACCGGACAAGAAGCCGGUGAAGGCCGAGACGACGAUCGUCAAGUCAGAGAGCGUGGCAGUGAAGGUGGAGAGAAGCAACGGGGAUGAGAGGAAGGAGAGCUUGUUGAGGCGAAUGCCUGCCAAAGAGUUCCUCUCGCUUCACUCCUCCCUCGUCCACAAGUGGGAGAGCGUGAGCAACGUCUCGGUGAUGCAGGACGGGAGGGUCAGAACGUUGUCAGGCGUCUGGCGGAAGAACCCUGUGAAGAUCAAGGAGUACAAACAUGACAACUUCGACGAGUUUCUCAAAAACUUUCAGGUCAUGAACACCUCUCUCUCUCACCGCAACAUCAUCAGCUCCCUCGGCGUCCUCCACAACGACGUCGAGCAAACCUUCGGCCUGAUGAUCAGCAGUCUACCCAGCGUGAAGUUGAAGAUCAGCAACUCCCAGCUCGACGCGUCUCUGACAGUCAGGCUGGACGUGAUGGAGAGAGUGUGCAUGGCGCUGGCUUAUCUUCAUCAGCAUGACCUCUUCCUCUCCAACCUCUCCUGGGAGUCCGUCCUGCUGGGGACUGACAACCAUCCCUUCAUCUCAGACUUCUCUCCCAUGCAAGAAGCCUCUGCCGUCCUCAACUUGCGCUGGGAGCAGCUUCCGACCAACAGUAGAGCUGUUAGGAAGGGAGGACAGGAACAGCCCGCAGACACGCUCUUGACCCGCAGGCUCCUGAUGCUCGUCGACCUGGAGCACCUGGGAGCUUUCAUGCACUGCGUGGGAUACGGGAGGGAGCCGGACGUGAAUCUGGACCUGCGGUUGGACUUGGACGAGGACGGAGAGUACGGGCCCUUGAAGAGGCACGACAAGCUGCUCGAUUUGAUCACAGAUUGCCUCUACGUGGAGGAGGAGGAGGGGGAAGAGGGUUGGCCAAGGGGCGUGGAGGACGUGCUCAAUGCGAUCAGGUCCAUCCAUGAGGCGAAGACAGAGCAGGGGGGGCUGGAGGAGCUGCUGGAAGAGCUCCAUGAACACAAGUCCUCCUCCGAUCGCUCCUUCCUGUGCUACAAGGUGCUCGACGCGCAGGACCUGUACUUGCUACGGGAUACUAGCAUGAAGGAAGGGCUUUUCUCCUCCUGCUUCGGGUGCCAGUCGAAGCUCCCUCAUGCCGUAGCUGCCUUCACCCAGGAGGCUGCGGAGCCGAUCAAGUCAAGUGAGGUUCUGCUGGUAAGAGACUGGAAGCUUGCCAUGUGGAAGGCGAGCAGCGUCGAGCGAGCCAACGGAUUUCUUCCCCUCGUGCUCGUCGUCGACCUCCGGAAGCUCCGCACCAACAGCUCCUUCAGAGUCUGCGACGAGCGCGGGCAGCUGUUGAAGCCUAGCAAAGUGCUGCAGUCCAAAGAGAAGGUGCUGCUCUCGGUCAAGAGGAGCAUGGUACCUCAGGCCAUGGUGGACGUGUGGGACUGGAGGUCGAAGGCGUACAAGGAGUUUCACAAGGCGAUGGAGGGGAGCAGGUCGAGACUCUCAGACUUCGACGGCUGGAGCUCGAGAGUCGACCUGGUGCUCAAGGACAAGACGAGCGGCAGGAGCACAGCUGGAAAGCUGCUGGAGGGUCUGGAGUCGGACCCCUCCUGCGACCUCUUGAAGAAGCUUCAGGAGGUGAUAGCGAUCAGCGAGGGCAGGUGGAGGAAGGCCUUCCACCAGCUCAAGGCUGGCUGGACUUUCCUUCAGCUGGGCAGCAACCGGCUGCUGGUCGGAGAGUUUGACCAGAGGACGGUGAGGGCCGAGAGAGUCGCGUUUGCGAUGAACCUGUUCGCUCGCGAUCACAUCCAAAUAGGUUUCAACGGGUCGGUCGAGCGAGACUCGAGCCUGUGCAUCGUCUACCUUUGCUAUCAGCACAUGGGGGUGACGAGGGAAGGGGGCAGGGGCGCGUGGAAGAAGCUCCUGAUCGCUCUCUCCGAUAUCUUCCUGCUUGAGUGCAUCAGGAACCGCAAGUUGUUCAUCCAUCGGGACAAGUCGCCCCGAGGCCCCGAGGAGAACGUCUGGCUCGUCCUGAUCCUCAUCGUCAUGAUGCGGCUGUUCAAGUGCUCGCUCAAGGACGCCCAGGGGAGGUGGCGGGACAAGGCGGGAGAGGGGGAGGAGGAGGCUCUGCAUCCUCUUCACCUCCUCAUCCUCCAAGACAUCGAGCAAGACUUGAAGUCCGGCAGUCUCACACUGCACAAGAACGAUCGUCGCUCCGCCUACCUCAAGGCCAAGGAACUGUCGCAGCCCCUGCUGCAGCCCUCGAAGCGACGAGCUCCUGCACCCGAGGAGAGUCGGAGCCCUCUCUCGGCUAAGAAGAGCAAGAUGACUCACCCCGUCCCUGUGACGCAGCAGAGGGGGGAAAAAGACUGA